CCCAUGCAAAUAGAGGAUGCAUGUAGAGGUGUGGCUUUGAGUCGCUGUUGAAGGAACCCACACCGGUCACGCCCAUCUUGAGAGGACGCAAAAUGUCUGAAGUUUGAGCACAUGUUAGGUUUAAACCAUAAGAAAUAUCCGAUUUACGGAAACAACAACAGUAAGAAUGGUCACUUCAUUUCCUUUCUUUUCUUCUUUCUUCAUUUCUUUCUUACUCGAGAUGCUGGGGCUAUUUGCGUUUCAUCGCCGUUAACUGGACAAAUGUGAGCGCGAUGUCGUCUGCUGUUGCGGAAGAAAGUUAAUGGCAGGCACCUAAUCCAGAUAAUGUGACUAUCUCAGCAACCAGACUUACACAUUGUCUAGAGCCUUCAGGUGGCAGGAAUACCUUUCACCUGCUCCAUUCACUGCCAUUAUAACUGGGAGCAGAAUAUUGAGAUGAUGCUUUUUGCCUAUAAGAAGUGUUUCAGACUCAUUUUGGCCUGUGUGGGUGGACUACUGCUUACAACCUUGUUUUAUGAGUGGAGCCUUUGGGCUAGCUCAGAAGUCGAUAUACAAGCAAGACACAGGAGUCAAAUACAGAAACUUGUCAAUGGGAUAGUUGAAGACACUAUCAGUGGCUCUCUUGAUAUUGCCUACCAUGUAAAGGAGGAUGUGGCACGUCGUUUGGCUCAGAAUACAUGUGUGUGUCUGGCUGAUGAGAACUUUCAUGUGCCGUACUCCAAUCUGCUCUUCCCACGUGUUGGGGCACGCAAGAAUGAUCUUGCGUUCUUGGAGUCCCAUCCUGACCCUGAGGGUAUAAAGCAUCACAGAGCUCAGGAGUACAGCAGAUUUAAGCAGAGGACCUACAGUCCUGCAGAUGAACUUAUUGUAGCUGAGGCCAACAGUCCCCUUCAGUAUCCUACCCAGGGGGUCAGGGUGCGACCUCUGAAAACAAUCAUCAUUCCUGGUUUGGCUCUUAAAGAAGAAACAAGAUUAAACCAUGUGGUGCAUUUGAAAGCAACACUGGGGACCUUUGAUGUUGCUGCUACAGUGGACACAGUCUCUGUCAAAGGAGAGGGAGAGAUGCACAUGAUGGUGUCAAGUCCUUUUGUCUCUGCUCUGAACAGGCAGUUGCAGUUUGUCACCUAUACAAACACAGUUUUCCAUCCCAGGACAGCAGAUAGAGUUGAGUUUGCAACCGAAGGUCACCUGUCAUUUUUCACCAUUAAAGUUGAACAUGGAACCCCUCCAAACCUGUACAACACUGGAUACCAAAAAGAGUACAAUAUCAGUGCUCUUGUUACCAUUGCCACUAAGACCUUUCUACGGUAUGACAAACUCAAAGAUCUUAUUGACAGCAUUCGGCAAUAUUAUCCAACUGUCACAAUAGUGAUAGCAGAUGAUAAUGAACACCCUCAGCAAGUGACUGGGCCUCACAUUGAGCAUUACAUCAUGCCUUUUGGAAAGGGUUGGUUUGCAGGAAGAAACUUGGCUGUGUCUCAAGUGAUCACCAAAUAUGUGCUCUGGGUGGAUGAUGACUUCAUCUUUACUGCAAAUACUAAGUUGGAAAAGAUGGUGGACAUUCUAGAGAAGACCACUUUUGAUCUGGUUGGUGGUGGAGUGAGAGAGGUGACAGGUUACACUGCAACAUACCGUCACACUAUUUCAGUGGAAGAAGGGGGAGAGGAGGGAGACUGUUUACAUUUAAGGCAGGGCUACCACCAUGUCAUCAAGGGGUUUCCCAACUGCGUGGCAGCUGAUGCUGUCAUCAACUUCUUCAUGGGACGGACAGACAAGGUGCAGCAGGUGGGCUUUAACCCCCGCUUAGCACGAAAGGCUCAUCUAGAGUUCUUCAUUGAUGGUUUGGGCUCCCUCCACAUUGCCUCCUGUAGUGAUGUCAUUGUAAGCCAUGCAUCCAAGAUCCAACUACCCUGGUCUAAAACAGAAUCACAAAAGGCCUAUGACAAAUUUCGCUACUCAUCCUCAGAUGCUGACGAUAAAAUUAUUAAAGAAACUUUCUACUUCAAGAACAGAUUCAAGUGCACAACAAGUAAUUGAAAGCUUGGCUCCCACUUGUCUGUUUGCUGCCCAGGCACGU